AUGGCCUCGGCGCCUACACCUGCUCCCUACCCCACCGAACCCUUGCUCUCGGACCGCGCAAGGACCAACAUUGGAGCCGCUCUCGAUCCCAGAUCCUUCUCCGCCCUCUCCUCGCCCUCUCCAUCUCCAUCCGCAUACGCGCCGCUCCCACCUCGGUACAAGCCGCCCGAAUCCACAAUGUCGUCCUCGCAGUCCAUCGCAGACAACCCCAAGGAGUACAACAAAUGGGCCUCGGCCUACAGCAAACGCCUCGGCACCGCUUCCACCGUCGGCACCUCUCGCACCGCCUUGGGGCCUUCCCCUUCCGACGCACAUCAACAAGCACAUGCAGCACGCUCCCUUCGCCAACGCGUCCCUUCCCAUCCGGCCGCCAUGCCAGCACGCCCCGCAGACCUCCUCCAAAGCCGCGUCUUUGGCUUGACCGCCGACCUGCGCGAACCAAGCUCGACCACCACAAGCGGUCCGGCCCUCGACGAUACCAACCGCAUGGCACGCAUGCUCGGCGUCCAUCGCCCCAACUUUAGCGUAGAGAUCUUUUCCACCUCGUUCGACCAUCGCGGAUACCCCGUCUACUCGGGCCGCGGCACCUCGGUCCGUGGCGUGGUGCGCAUGCCCGCCACCGAAGGCUGCGACGUCAUGAUGACCAUCUCGGCGCACACCACCUCGGGCUCGCCAGCCGCCGUCUGGCAGGGCACCGCACUCGCGCCCUGGUCCACCGGCGGCGAAAAGAAGGUAUUUGAGAUCAAGGACCGCCUCGUGGCCAACUACGACCUCGUCCGGCCGCGAGCCGCCUACGCGCCGAAAAACGAAGACUUGAUGGAGCCGCCGCAGAUCUCCAAGGACGACCUGGUGCUCCCCAUCCCCUUCGACGUGCAGCUGCCGCUCGGCAAGGCCACCCGCUUCAUCGACGGCGAGAUGCAGGCCGUGCCCGUCGCGCUGCCGCCCAGCUUCGAGAUCAGCUCCAAGUUUGCCGCCCAGGAGAAGCGCGAGAUCCGCCUCGCCACCAAGGGCAAGGCCAAGGGCCCCAUGGCCAAGGAGCUCAUCGAAAAGGGUUUCCAAAAGGUCUACCGCAUCGGCUGCUACUACCAGGUCAGCUGGACGCUCAUCCGCUCCAACAAUGCCGACAAGUCGCGCAAGUCGCCCAGCAAGUCGGCGCAGCCCGCCGAAGGCGACACGCUCACGCUGCCCUUCAUCUUCCUCGGCGAGCCCACGCCGAUGCAGCCGCAUCCGUCCACCCUCCCCUCGACCAUCAGCCCAGACGUGUUUGUGGAGCCCGACACGACGCUGGGAGAUCAGUGGUCCAUCCACAAGUCGCAGGCCAAGUGGUCCGGUUCGCUGCUCAAGUCGUCCAAGAAGACCGUCGACAUGGAGCUGCACAUCCCCAACCCGCCCGUGCUGCAGGCGCCCUCGGUGCUCCCCAUCAUGCUCGUCCUGCGUCCGACCGAGCCGACGCUGCUCUCGCAGAUCCGCACACGCGCGCCCAGCGAAACGUCGACCGCACCCGGCUCGCCCGCCGUGACGCAGACGGACGAUCCGAUCGAGAUGGUCGCCUCGCCCGUGCUGUCGUCGGGCGAGUCCACCGCCGCACCCUCCAUGUCGUCGCAGCAGACCAUGCGCGACGCCGACACCGAGUCGAUCCGAACCACGCGCAGCCUCGUGUCCAAGCUGAUGAAGCCAUCCAUGACGUUGUCGCGGCUGCCCGGGUCCUCCUCGCGCAAGGGAGGCUCGAGCAUCUUUGGCGGACGCCGCCCCAACACAGCGCCCAGCUCUGGCAGUUCGGAUACGGGCCUCACGGACGCCAUGACCGAUCGAACAUAUGUGGCCGCGGGUGCGAUUCCGGAUCUGGUGAGUCUGGUGUGCAUCUCGCUCAUCCAGACCACGUUUAGCAGCAACGACAAUGUCAACGACGGACCGGAACAGCGCAGGAAGCUGCUCUCGGUGGCCGACCUGGAGGAGGUGGACGUGCAUGCGCUGCUGCUCAGCUCCGACUCGUCCGGCAGCCAGCCUGGAUCGCGACCGGGCUCGAGCCGAUCGCCCGACGAGAUGGCGCAGAUCAACGCAGCGGCAGCGGCUGCCAAGGCGGCCGGCGUGCGCGUCCUGGUGGGCUCGCUCAAGGUGGCGGGCACCACGCCACCCAACUUCCGCUGCCACGGCCUCGAGGUCAAGUAUGCGCUCAAGGUGGAUCUGCUGCCGGCGAACCGGUACAGCAGCGGCGAGGGCGUGGAGAAGGCGCUGCGCAACCUCGGCCUGGGCAGCGGCCGCAGCCGCGGCUUCUCGGACGGCGCGAGCACGACGGCGUCGAUCCACACGCAGACGCAGUUUACGUCGCUGUCGGGCGACGGCAGCAGCCCUCCGACGACGCCGCCGAACAUGAUGUCGCCGUCGCUCUUUGGCUCGCGAUCGCCCGGCAUGGACGGUCACGGACCGUCGGCACGCGCCUGGACGCGGCAGACGGGCAGCCGCAACGCGUCGCCGCUGGGUGCCGGCACGGGCAGCAGCAACAUGCAGAACGUCGGCAUGGCCAUCUCGACCCACGACGAAAGCGCCGUGUCGGCCGACACGCCCGAGGCGCAGGAGCUGCUCUCGCCGCAGUUGGAGGCAGCGGCGGCGCGUGCGCCCAUGGUGGCUGCGCCGUACCCGAGUGCGUUCCCGCAGCAUGCGUCGCAGCACGCCGCGGGCCGAGCGACGCCGUCGGUGUACGGCUCGCAGAUGUCGAGCGCGGCGUCGGUGCGCACGGGCUGGGGCAGCGGCCACUCGAUCUCGGAGGCGUCGCAGAUGCAGAGCAGCAUCUACAUGUCCGAGUGGGGCCGCGACCGCAAGACGGUGUCCAAGAUCAACAAGACGAUCGGCGAGAUGUGGCUGGAUGUGCGUGUUGUGCGCGCGCAUAAUGCGUACUAG